AUGACCGCUUCUGCACCCCUUCUUCCUCGCAAGCCGUCGGACUUCAAACCCGUCAUCUCGAUUUACAAUCAUAUCUCAAUCGCCGCGCCGCCGCUCGCUGUCUUCUCAGCUGUUCUCAAUACUACUACCUGGUCCUCUUGGAACUACUACAACCCUAGUGCAACCAUUUAUUACCGCCCUCCGUCAAGUGUCCCCCAACCAAAACCAUCCUUUCUCGACACUGUUGCUGAAUCAUCAUCCAGCUUUCUUUCGCCCGGUUGCAAGUUCACAGAGUUUCACUGCAAGGAAGCAGAGGAAGCGGGUGUGGGGAAGCCUCAAAAUCUUGAAAUUGUAGCCAUCGAAGAGCUGCAGUCGCAAGAUGGGAAGAAUGGAUAUCGAAUUGUGUGGCGCUUGCUUGAUUGGUCGGACUGGCUGAUGAGAACUAGGAGAGUACACGAAUUUGUAGCAAGUGGAAAUGGGCAGACGGAAUAUAAUUCUUGGACCGAGCUCGGAGGGCUUCUGGCUUGGAUUGUCAAGUGGACAUCGGGGGAUCGAAAGAUGAAGUCUCUUUUCGAAAAGUCAUUUGAAGGCUUGAAGGUAUAUGUGGAAUCUGAGGGAAAUCAAGUCCAGUUUUUGGAUAACUAA